AUGAAACUUGUCUCAUUGCUAUCGUUGGCUGCAUUUGUUUGCUCUGGAGCAGUUGCUCAACAACAACCAGGUCAAAGUGCUGGUAUUGCCAUCACCGCCCCUGCUUUAGGUACUGUUUGGACAGCUGGCAAGACCGAGGUGGUGUCCUGGACAGUGCAAGAUUCGACCGUUUCGAACAUUGAUUCGGUGGAAUUGAGAAAUGGCGGUUCGACAAACUUGCAGCUUGUUGGUCAAGUUGGAUCCAAGAUUCCUAUUUCAGGCGGGCAAUGGGAGUGGGAUAUUCCUGUUGACACCAAGACGGAUGCAUCUUACGUUUUGGUGUUUACAAGCAGCAAGGGAUCCACCUAUUCGCCAUACUUUACCAUCAUGGCAGCUCCGCCUGGUGCCAAGGCCAACUUUACUUCUCACAAAGCGAGUAGCAGUGCAUCAGCUUCAGGAGCAGAAGCAUCGUCAUCCGAACAUUCAUCAGCAUCGCAAGAUUUGGCGAUCCAACAAACAACUAUGAUGCUUGGACUUGGUGCAAGCUUGGUUGCUGCCUUCUUCUUUUCAAUUUAG